AUGGAAGGUUUAAGCCAAAAUGAAAAGAUUAUUUGGAAUUGUUGGGAAGAGAAAACUCCCAGAGAUAUGGUCCGAGAAGCUGCGGCGAAAGGCACCCAUAUCAAUCUAGCAAUUAAGUAUUUGGUAUUUAAAAACUCAUGGAGUGAAUCUGAAGCUAAAGAUUGGUUCCUUGCAGAGGUAAAAACAUGGAUAGUGCAAUUACUAAUGCGUAAGCAGAUAUUUAAAGUUCUUCAUAUACUUAGUAAAUGUAAUUUAAAUCCAGAAGAACACCUAAUAUCAAUUGCACAGACAUCAACCGCAAUUGAGUAUAGAGACUUCAUUGUGGAUCAUUUACAAAAACUUGCAAAAGAUAUUAAAAAUGAAAACUUUGAAAAGUGGGAAAACUUUAAACGGCACUGGAAUUUGCUUAGAUGCUUGGAGAAAUCCUUUGAAGUAGAUGGUACAUUUAAACAAAAUAAAGUAUUUGGUUUUGGAACUGAGAGAGUAUUUGUGAAUGAGAGUGAAAUAAAAGCCCUGACUGUUGAAAAAAUAGCAAAAUAUUCUUCAGAAUGGAAAUGCAAAAUAGCAACAACCUUGUUUUUUGAUACUUUUGAAUUUUCUCUCCUUCAUUUCUCAUCACCUUUCCAAAUGUGGAAUCAUUUGGUGCAAAACAACAAGUCUAUGAUACUCGUACGUUGGAUAAAUGUUCAGAUGUCUGAAGUCGUUCGCGAUAUGAAUGCACGCUAUAAUUUUUUUAAUAAUGACAACUUUGUUCAAAAACUUUUGACUGUUGAUACAAAAGGAUUUACAAAUGAAGUUCUAGAUACUUUAGACGAAGUAUUUCGUAAGUGGUCUAUAUCUGAGGAAAUGAUAAAAGUUAUAGCUAACAGUGACUGUUUUAAUUACACAAAAAUGUGUAUUUAUGAUACUUUGUCUUCCUAUGGAAUUAUUGUAGAUGAUAAGCAAAAAGAUUUGUUUCAAAUAAUCUCGAGACUGUCAAGAACCCAAAAUUUAAAAUUGCUUGAUGAUAUUUUCUCUGAAUCUUGCGCAACAAUGAGUAGUCAAGAAUUUCAUUUAGAAUUGGCAAAGUAUUAUGUGAAGAAUAAAUUAUACAAAGUAUUGACAAUUUGCAUUGAAGGUCAUAUAUUAGGUACAGAUUUAUCGGAUGUAGAGCAAGAAACUAAAGAAUGUAUAGAGCUUUGGUUGUUGUUUAAAAGUAUUGAGCAAACAUCUGAUAGGCAAAGCCAUGUUGUGCCUGUAUACAAAACAUGUCAGCAAAUAGCUAAGCAUGAUAUAGACAGUUAUAUAUCGUCUAAUCCAUAUUUAGUGCUGGGAAUGAUUUUACUUGAGGAUAAAGCUAAUUUAUUUGACAUUUUCUCAAAAAAAGAAAUAUUAGAGUUCAAAGAUUUUAAAUUGCCAAAUAUGGGAUACAAAAAUAAACUUCCGCAUCUAUAUAAUGUUUUCAAAAAACAUUCAAAUGAAAAUCAAAUGUACGAUUGUAGAGACGUAAAUGUAUAUCAAUUAUUGUCUGGAUAUCGUGGUUUGGAUGUGUCAAAGAUAUUCGAAUUUCAGAUAAUCAAUAUGAACUUUAGCUCCCAAUUACCUGAAAAAGCAGAUCGCCGAAGUCUCGGAAGCCUUCUAUCAAACGAAGUAGAUGUUCAUCUUAAAACACUAUCCCCAAGACCUAUAGACAUGCCAGACUUUGCGAAUGAAAAACUAAUGAAAAGAUAUGGCUAUGAUGCGAAACUAAAUCACAUUUAUUAUUUGAAGCAAUAUCGCCCUUGCAAUGCUAGCCAGGCGUUUGUAUCUCAGCAAUAUCAAACGUACAAUAGAAUGCAAGAGAAAGGUGUUAAAAGCGCUUGCUGUGAGGCUCAUGCUUUAGCGCUACAGAACUGGUGUGAUCCAGCCAUGACUGCAUGUGCUAUUUCUUUUGUCGCUAUGAUUGGAUGUAACCCUACUAGAUGUAGAGUUCAUAUUUCCGCUACUAAAAUGAUUAAACACCAUCUCAUAGCUCGAAAAGGAUUAUCAGAAAAUGAGGUUAAUAAAAUAAUUAACGAAUAUAUGACAAAACUAAUACAAAAUAAUGAUGAUACUGCUAAGACUAUCCUUGAACAUCUAGAAGACAUAACAUUUUGCAGUUUAAAAGAGAUUCAAGAAGCACAAGGCAAAUUCGAUAUGUCAGUGGUUUUAUAUGAAUCUCAAACAAUGGUCAAAUUUGCAAUGCUCCACAACUUGCCUUUGCCAGAAAUGCAGUUAAGAGAGUUUGUUAGGAACGGUUCUUGGUUCAACUUUUUAUUAUUUGCCGAUGUUUUUCGAUAUCCAUUAGCACAAAUGCUUCAACUCUCUCAGGAAUUUGAAAAGAAAUCGUAUUCGGAACAUUUAAAGCACAUUAUGAUGCAUAAAACGGCUGAAGAUGACAAAGAACAAAAACCAAAUUCAAGCAAUGGACAACGAAGACUAACACGACUAAAUUCAAUUGACACUACUGUAAGUCAGAGCCCAACCCACAGCAUAACAUUCGAGUUCCCGCUAAGCCGGCGCGGCGGCGGCGCGGGCCGCGAGCUGUGGGAGGUGGCGGCGGCGUGCCACGGGCCCGAGGACCCGCCCGCCGCGCUGCUGCGCGCCGCCGACCUGCACCGGGAGCCCCUGCUCGUGCUCAUAGCUAGCUGCUAUGAGCCCAACGCAGUAGAUGUGCUGUGGGCACACUGGAUCUUGUCCUCCCUAGAGCCGAAUGCUCGCAGCCGCGACGCCCUACAGUCGGAGAUCGCUCAAGGCGUUCCCGCCCAACUGUUCCAACGUGUCGCUGAAAUAUGCCUCGAAGAAGGAUACAUUGCAACUUUACACGAGUCAAUGCUUAUAUUUUUACCGGAAAGUCCUUUGGCGUUGCUAACAGCAUUCCUUUACCGGAGUAUACGCCUCCUUAUUUUCGAUUCCGAAACGACCAAAUACCUUAAUAGUUUUGUUCAACAUUGCCUUCGGAGAUAUAGUGUAGAUGCAAGCAGCUUGCCGUAUGAGUUAUCAAAGGAAUCAUUGCAGAAAAUCUCAGUUUCUCUGGUCAAAAUAGCUUUAAUGCACAAUUUCGAUAUGGCGUUUCAUCAGAAGGAAUUUCUUAGAUGUCUGGCCGAUGUUCGCUUCGGAAGAGAUUUUAUGGUAUCGUCGCCAAAUUUCACUUCUCUAUAUGAAAUAUUUGAAAUAUCAAUGGAAACUUCGAGAAUAAUGAAUAUAUCAAAAAUGUUACAAGAUGAUGCAACGGACUACUUCCAGGAAUGUGUAGAAAUGUACACGCGAGAUAAAAACUAUGACGUAGCAUUGAAAAUAGCAAAACUCGCAAAUCUUUCGGUGGACGAAAUUUUAAUAUCCGAAUGGCAAGAGAAAUGCCAGAAACUGACCUUUAUCACAGAAGACGAUGUUUUCGUAGAAGAAAAAGAUCUCACACUCUUAACCGCUCAAUGUAGUGAGGCAUUUAAAGAAGCAGGUGUAACUUUGAAUAAAGCAAUUGAAUUUCUUUCGAGAAUUCCCACCAAUAUGAAGGAACACGAUCAAAAAUUCUAUUCUUACAGGGUAAUUAUGAGUUGGUUCGAAGAAAAUCAUGUGUAUGGAGAAAAGAGAGAAGAAAUUGAACACGAAAUGUGGGAGGCUUAUCUAUUAAAUAAUUACUCUAUUAACAAGGCUGAUAUAGUUUUCCUAGACUUCCAAGGAACCAUAAAAUUUGUACUUAACGACCAAAAAGAGUCACUAGGAUCUCAAAGAGGAGAUAUGCUAUAUGAAGAAAAACCGUUUACGUCGACUUUACACGAAAUAGAGGUUGAAUCGGAUGUGAUGAACAUAGAGAAAGUAGAAAUGUUAGAAGAGAUAGAGGAAAUAGAGAGUUGGCAGAAAGCAGUCAAUAGGCUUUUGGAGUUGAAGUUGAUGGUAGAGGCGUUCCGGCUGUCGACUUUGUUUAAAACACCAGACGAAUACAGAUACCGGACCCCGGCGUGCCCUGUGAAAAUAAUACGGACGUGUCUCAGACUAGCCGAAGGAACAUGUUCGCCGUACGAGUUGCCUCAAGAGCUACGUCUAGUUAUAUCCUCACCUACUCUACAGAAUAAAUUAUCUGUUUCAGAAGCAUCAGAAACUAGUUUCGAAGAGUUAGUGGUGAUUCAAGAAAGACAAGAUGGAGAUAGCGUCCCACAUCUGGCGGCUCGCGAGGAGGCUGAUAGGCUGUCUGCUUUAGAAGCAUUGGCAGUCAAAAGUGGUCUGACUGUAGCUAAGCAGAUAGCUAAUUAUUUCCGCAUUGCCUUACAAAUUGGUUGGGAUUACACAUCAGUGUUAAAGUACCAGAGUCGUCCGUUGGACUUCAUCAACCUAGUGAGCGGCCGGGCUCGCAUGUCGCUAGCGAACUUGGUCUUCAAAACGUUCAACAUACCCUCGAAACAGAUUGCAGAAUAUUUAUGCCGUGAAUUAGUCGCGGCCAUCAUAUCACCGCACUUGGUGAAAACAUCUACGUUCAGACAAAAGGAACAUUUUCAAUACACACUCUGGGGCUACGUGCUCGACUCUGAUUUAGAGAUGUUCCUGAACAUGCGUCCAGACGCCUGCAGUCACAUAGGCAGGCUUAUACUCGAGCAUUUAAUGGCUUUCCAAAAGAUUUACAAAGCAACGAACGCUUUGAAAAUUCCAGAAGACGUUUUGGACGAUAGUUGUCUAGAUGUUGAAACUUUAAUAGAUGAAGAGUACCAGAAUGUGGAAGAAGAUGAAGUGGAGUCCAUUUUGACUGAAGAAGGGACGCUGAUGUCUGCGGAAACGGAGUCGGUGUACUCGGUGUCCACGGUGUACGCCGCGGGGAAUAAAAUGUCGCGAGACUCGCGAAGGAAUCUGUUCGAUGUGAUAUCUAGAAGCAACGUCCACAUCCGAUAUGAAGUCAAGUCGAAUAUCCGGAAGAUAACUAAGGGUGCUAAAUUGUCUACAAAGCAGGUGAACAUAAUCUCGCUGGAGCUGCUGGUGGCGGCCCACGAGUGCGCGUCGGUGGCGUGCGACACGGAGGGCGUGGCGGUGGCGCUGCGCUCGGCGGCGGCGCUGGCGGCGCGCCUGCGCGCGGCGCGCUCGUGGCGGCUGCUGGCGCGCCUGCUCACCGGCCUGGCGCGCUACCGCGAGUGCGCCUACAUACUGCAGAUAUUACGUGAUAACCACCAAUUUGAAUUUCUACUUGGACAAUUCGACUACAUGUUGGGUCAACAGCAGGACAAAAUCGCUGAAUUUAAGCAUGGACUACUCGAUUUCCUCAAGACCCACUGUCCCGGAGACACUGACACCUACAUCAUGGUCGCAUUACACUUUAACAUGCACGCUGAAGCGGCAAAUGUUAAAAAGAAACAAGCCUUACAUCUAAUAGACGAUUUAGAGAAAAUGGCGACGGAUGCUACUAAAAUGACCAAGAAAACUCCUCAACCGAUAUGGCUAUUGAUCCACGAUAAUGUCCCAACAAGAUCUUUGCUAGAAACAGCCUUGAAUCAUUGUACGGAUGCCUGUGAACUGUUCCUUCAAGGCGGAUGUACCGGGUUCGCGGGGGAGAUGGCGACUCUUGCGCAGCAAAUAGCCCUACAGAUAUCCCUUUUAAAUGCUUCUCCUACAAGACUCAUUCUUAACAGAAGCACGGAACAGACGUAUAGUCUAGUUAGUGAGUAUUUAAGUCUAAUGGAGGGCCUCGUGCUGAUGGGCGACGGCGGCGCGUGGCGCGCGCUGGCCUACCGCCGCGCGCUCGCGCACGACCAGGUGUUCCUGCGCGACCUCGCCGCGCGCCGCCCCGACCUCGCGAGCGACUUCCUCGACAGAUACAAAUCAGAAAAAAGAAAGACUCCAGCAUCUCAAGCAGCCAUGACGGAACUGCGCGCGUUGAUUAGA